AUGUGUUGUCACUGGUCACUCGUGACCCUCCGGCGCACACACAUAAGAUAUAUCAAGGUCACAAGGUCCCAGGCUAUCCCAGCCACCUUCACAGACGACGAAGUAGCUAGACUCUUAAGAUUUUACCCAUGGCUCCCGCCAAGCUCGCCACCGUUCUUGCCGUCGCCGUCGUUGCCUGCGCCUUCGCCUCCACCUCCGCGGCGGUGGCCCCGGCACAGAGCUGUGCAGAGCAGAUCAAGUACUUCACCAACUGCCUCGCCCGCGACGAGAUCCGUCAGCAGUGCUGCGUCGUUGUCGAGAACACCAGCUGCCUCUGCCAGCUGAAGCGGGCGGUGGCGGUGCCCUGCAUCCCGCACCGCCGCCACGGGCACCGCUGCCCGGUGAACGUGGUUCCGCCGGCAGUGCAGAUGGCCGAGCUGCAGCGCCUCCCGUGCUUCAAGGGCCUCAAGUGCUUGCGGGCUUAGCAGCUAAUUUGUCGUAUUUGCGCACGUAUGCUUCAAUGCUUGGUGUCGUUCUUGUUCGCUUUGCUACUGUCUCAAUUUUUUCAUAAUUGAGUAACCUAUGCUUUGAGCUUUGUUGUGUUCAUGUAAUGGAUCUUCGUUUGUCAGAGUCACACUUCCUUGUAUGAAUAAUAAAAUGUGUGCACGUGACUGUUCUCAA